AUGCAAUUUGCCUGCUGUGCCCCGUCCACAUGGCCCGGCCCAAUAACCUCUUUCACCUGGUCUUGGUUGAUGGCCGACCCUUCUACGCCAUCCGGGGUUCUCUUAUCAGAUGAUGGAGGACCACAGCGCCGCCAUGGACACAAGCCCCCUCGCCAUACGCCAUGGUUAGCCUUCAUUCUAAUCUUCUGCAUCCUCAGUAGUAUGAUUGUUUCUAUAGCUAUCGUCACCGCUUCCAAUAAUGAUCCUGUCAAGCAUUGGAAAUUUCAACCGGCUGUGUUACUCUCAGUCAUGACUUCCAUCUUCAUCGUUUCCCUAGAAGGUCUGGUCGCCAUUGGCCUGGCAAUAAGCUGGUGGCGUAGCAUUGCAAACGGCACGACAUUGAAACGACUUCACUUCAUCUGGAACGGAUCGAACAUUCUUAACAUGAUCCCGGCUUUCAUGGCUGGUGUAGAUACACGGAAAGUUGCAUUUGCAGCACUUGCUAUUGCCUCCAACAAUUCCAACGGCUGGUUCGGAACGCACUCGGUGGACACUGCUCCUGGCUUACAAACCAUGCAAAACUGGUACUUGAAUACUACCUUCUUCACCUCGGCCGCGCCCGGAUUCUACUGCAAAGGCAACGGCAUGUGUGAAGCCAGAGUGAUCGGAGCAGGAUUUAACUAUGGCUGUGACACCUCGUCAAAGAAGCUCAAUCUUACGGACGAUAACAGUUAUGGAGCCGAGCUCUUCAAUAUCACUACGUACAUGUCUUACGAAUUCAACCAGAGCAUGCUCUUCCUCUCUACCAAGUACCUAAACUCUGUCAAUGGAGAGUGUAUAGGAGAGAUAGUCACCGAAACUUGCAACGUCAUCGCCGCCACUGUCGCAUAUCCUCUUAUCAUCAAGAACACAACCAUCAGCAUAGAUUUCAGACAGCUUUUAUCCAACCGGACCGUCGUGUCCAACUAUACUUCCCCUGGUGACGCCGCCGGUUUUGAACUUACAGACGAUAAAGGACCUCUGAGUGGCCUGGAUAGCUUGAUGGGGGGCUACAUGUCUACCGGCGCCUGGCUCGAGCGUUCGAAUGUCUAUCAUCCCACUUCGCCGCUAUCAAGUCUUUUCUACGACGCGAACGUAUCAUAUCCGCCUAGCGCUGAAUAUUGCGGCAUUAGCUUCAAGAGCCCAACCGACUACGUGCUCACCUCUUUUUUCGAAUUCAUGUUGCGGUCCGCUCUCGACGUAGCUCGGAAUGCUUCAGACUAUCACCAAGACCUCAAGCCCUACACUACAAAUUUCACCUCGCACUUCACCGGAACAGAACUACAUUACCAUUCCGACUUCCGAUAUCUUGCUGGCGCUAUCGUCAUCAUUUUCAUCGGUCUGCUCGCCGUGGUGUUCCUCCUCUGGGGCUGGUGGGAGCUCGGUCGCUCGGUCAGUUUAAGUCCACUCGAAACCGCGAAAGCAUUCGGGGCACCCAUAACAUCAGGAGCUGGGCAUGAAAAAGAGGCAGAUAGGAUCAUAAAAGAGGUCGGACAUGAAAAAGUUGCAUAUGAUGGGGAGGAGCUUGUUUGGAAUGACACAGUGUAUGCAUCUGGGCGGUGGGAAAUGGGGCAAGUGCCGACUGUUAAGGGAGAAAAGGAAAUAACGGAGGAUCCAUGGGAGCCGAUAUCCCUAAAAACCCGACGGUCAAUACUACGGAGGGGGCUUUUGAGAAUGUUCUUCUGACCCAGGUACCAGAAAGCGGCCCCAAUUUUGAUGAUAGGAGGGGAAGUGGUGGGAGGCCUAUACGGCCUUUGAGUGUGAUCGGUGAGACUACACCAAAGUCGUAAUGGCGUCUCGUUCUUGGGCGCGCUUUCAAAUGGAAUCAACCUGUCUCUUUUGUUAUAUUCCUUCUUAGAUUCUAUAUAG